AACAAUCCGUCGUCUCUCUUUAUUGCGUUCCUUCCGUCCUCUCGUCCUCUCCUCCUCUCCUCCCGUCUCUUUCUAUGCCUGCUGCCUUUGCGCUUUCGUUCGUGUCGCAAUCAAUGGAGAGAGAGGGAGAGGGAGAGAGGGGGGUGGGUCCUCUGCGUAGGUGGCGACAGCCUCACUCGAUUCCUUCCCCCAGCCUGGAAAGGCGAUGUUUUGUGGUCGAUCAGCGCAAGAAAACCAUCGCCAUUGCCCUUACAUUGCUGUUCUUCGCCGCAUUCCUCUCGAGAACAGUCCCCGGAUCACUUCGCGGUUCGAAAGUUCGGAUCUUGGAGCGGGAGGAGGAGGAGGUGGAGCAGGUUCUCCCGCAUUGAACUCCAGCUGGAAUUUGUGGCAUGCUUGAUCACGUCGUGUUGCAGGAGCAGAGAAAUUAGGGUUCUUAAAAGCAUGCGGUGGUGGAUCUGUUUGUUCUUUCCAUGCCUCGCAAUCCCUGCCUUUCUGAUGCUUGAUGCUUGCUUCGCUACCUUCGCUCCCGCCGACAACUAUCUCCUUGCUUGUGGAUCUUCCCGGAAUGUAUCAUUCCAAGGCCAAGAUUUUCUUCCUGAUUCACAAGAAUCCUCCUUCGCUUUAAGAACCUCUGCCGAUGGCGUUUUCUCCAUCUCCUCCUCCUCCGAUUCUGCUCUCCCUCCCCCAAUUUACCAAUCUCUCCGCGUCUUCACCCAGACGGCAUCCUACAAUUUCGACAUCCGGCAAGAGGGCUGCCAUUGGAUCCGUCUCUACUUCCAUCCGAUUCCGAAUUCCGGCCACGAUUUGGCCUCUGCUCCUCUGACAGUGGUGACGGAUGAGUUUGUCCUCAUGAAUAACUUCACCUUCAAGAACUCCAACCGCACCUACUUGUUCAAGGAGUACUCGCUGAAUCUGACCUCCGACUCCUUGGCCCUCACUUUCAUCCCCGCCAAUGGCUCCGUCUCCUUCGUGAACGGGAUUGAAGUCGUCUCGGCUCCCGAUUACCUGAUCUACGAUCAGGCCCUGGCUGUGCCCAAUGCUCCUUUCAGCGGCCUCUCUGUUCUCGGCCUCGAAACCGUGUACCGGCUGAACAUGGGCGGCCCUCUGCUCACUCCGCUGAAUGAUUCUCUCGGCAGGACUUGGGAAAACGACGCCAAAUACCUCCACGUAAACAGCUCCGCCGUGAAGGCGGCCGCGGACCUCGACAGCAUAAACUACCCCGACGGCGUCACAACUGAGACAGCUCCCCGGUGGGUUUACUCGACUGCAGAAGCAAUGGGGGACGCGAAUGUGACGGACUUGAACUUCAACAUCACCUGGGUCUUCUCCGUCGAUCCGGCCUUCCAGUACUUGAUCCGUCUCCACUUCUGUGACAUCGUUAGCAAAGUUCUGAACGCACUGGUGUUCAACGUGUACGUCAACUCCGACAUCGCCAUUGCCAGCCUCGACUUAUCGUCGCUGAAAGGUGAUUUAUCUGUGCCUUACUACAAGGAUUUCGUCUCAAACUCGAAUGGCUCGAGCACGAUGACCGUCAGUGUUGGUCCGGACACGAUGGCCGAUUUCAGCAACGCCAUCCUGAAUGGUCUGGAGUUCAUGAAGAUUAGCAACGAUGCCAAGAGCUUGGACGGAACCAGUGCGGUCAAAGACCUGCUACCGGAUUCACGCAAGUCGAAGAACAAGCUUCUGGGAUUGGUGAUCGGGGUUGUUUUGGGCUCGUUGAUCGGCAUCUCAGCUGCGAUUCUCUGUUACUGCUGCCUCGUCGUUCGGAGGAGAAAAACGUGCUCCAACAGCCAGCCAUGGCUGCCGCUUCCCUUCUAUGGAAACUCCCACACCAUCAGCAAAAUCUCGACGACUUCUCAGAAGAGUGGAUUAACGGCGAGUUGUGUUUCAUUGGCUUCGACGAACCUCGGUCGGGUUUUUAUGUUCCAUGAGAUCCUCGACGCCACCAACAAGUUCGACGAGAGCUUGCUUCUCGGAGUGGGUGGGUUUGGGAAGGUCUACAAGGGCACGCUGGAAAAUGGCACCAGGGUCGCCGUCAAGCGAGGAAAUCCUAGGUCCGAGCAGGGGCUGGCUGAAUUCCAGACCGAGAUCGAGAUGCUGUCCAAGCUCCGCCACCGCCACCUCGUCUCGCUCAUUGGCUACUGCGACGAACGCUCCGAGAUGAUUCUGGUCUACGAGUACAUGGCCAAUGGGCCUCUGAGGAGUCAUCUUUACGGGACCGACCUCCCGUCCCUCUCGUGGCGGCAGCGCCUCGAGAUCUGCAUCGGCGCUGCCAGAGGGUUGCAUUACCUUCACACCGGCGCAGCUCAGAGCAUCAUCCACCGGGAUGUGAAGACCACCAACAUCCUUUUGGACGAGAAUUUCGUGGCGAAGGUGGCGGACUUUGGCCUCUCGAAGGCCGGCCCUGCUCUGGAUCAGACCCACGUUAGCACGGCGGUAAAAGGGAGCUUCGGUUACCUCGACCCUGAGUACUUCCGGCGGCAGCAGCUCACCGAGAAGUCGGACGUGUACUCCUUCGGGGUCGUGCUGAUGGAGGUUCUCUGCGCGAGGCCGGCGCUCAACCCUGUGCUGCCGAGGGAGCAGGUGAACAUCGCGGAGUGGGCCAUGGCGUGGCAGAAGAAGGGCGCGCUCGAGAAGAUUCUAGAUCCGGCGCUGUCAGGGAAGGUCAGUCCGGCGUCACUCAACAAGUACGGCGACACGGCUGAAAAAUGCUUGGCGGACCAGGGCGUCGACCGGCCGUCCAUGGGCGACGUCCUGUGGAACCUUGAGUACGCCCUCCAGCUCGAGGAGACCUCCUCCCUCGCCGAUCCCGACGACAACAGCAUAAGGAGCAUCGCCGGAAUCCUGCCGCCGCACAUGGAACCUCUCGACGACAGUAGCCUUAGCAUGGCGGAGGGAGUGAAUACCAGCACCACCAUUGAUUUCGCGGAAGACGCUACGACAAGUGCAGUCUUCUCUCAGCUUGUAAACCCUAGAGGAAGAUGAAAAUUUCAGUCUCAUUUCCUUUUAUUUUUUUUUUCUCUUGAUACUGCAGGAUUUUCUCGUUAAGCUUGAGAGUUCUUCAUCAUGAUCUGUUCCUCGUGUCGUUCGAUCUUCUUGUUUCGAUUUGUAAUAUAUUGCCAAAAUGAUGAGAUUAUUUUGCUUAUGAAAAUUUUCAUGUUGUA